GUGACUGUUUGAGGUUGUGGACAGGUUUCUUUUAUACUGAUAACAAGUUCAAACAGGUGUCAUUAAUACAGGUAACGAGUGGAGGACAGAGGAGCCUCUUAAAGAAGAAGUUACAGGGCCCACUUGGGAUGGAUGGGAAGCCUGGUGCUCCUGGUCCCAUGGGAAGCCAGGGACUGUUUGGGCCAAAAGGAGACAAGGGUGAUCAGGGUCAGGCUGGCCCUCCCGGCCCCCCGGGGCCCCCUGGCUCACCUGGCCUCAGAGGACCAUCUGGGAACACAGGGAAGGAUGGGCCCAGAGGUCACCUUGGGGAGCAGGGACAAAUGGGUCCUCCUGGACGACAGGGUGAGGAUGGACAGCACGGCAUGCUUGGACCACAGGGGCCUCCAGGGCUAAAGGGGGAACCGGGGCAUGCUGGCGACCAGGGCAGGAGUGGCCUUGAUGGACUACCAGGGAUGAAGGGGGAGAAGGGGGACACAGGAGACACAGGGCCUCAGGGGGACACGGGCUUACCCGGAGAGAAGGCUGUUCUUGACUCCUAUGACAUCGGCCUUGGCCAUGUUUUUCAGGGCCCCCCAGGCCCACCAGGGCCACCAGGAGGACAAGGGCCAAAGGGAGAAUCAGGCUCACAUGGUGCACCUGGAGCUGAUGGGGAUAGGGGAGCCAAAGGGGAGAGAGGUGAUGACGGGAUGCCUGGAGUGGCAGGGGAAAAGGGAGAGAGAGAUCUGACGGGCCUAACUGGGCUUGUGGGAGCUGACAGCAAAAAAGGAGCGAGAGGAGAUUCAAGGUUUGAGGACAAUCUGGCCCAGAUCAUCUCGAUCGCAGGCCCUCCAGGGCCCCCCGGACCUCCUGGGCUCCAAGGAUUCAUGGGACAUCAUGGAAUGCCUGGCCCCAAGGGGGAACCAGGCGACAUAGUGAGCGGAGAAAAGGGGGAUGCAGGAGACAGAGGACCUCCGGGGUUAAGGGGUAUUCAGGGUCUUCCAGGUUCUACAGGAUUGGUUGGUCUCCCUGGCACCAUAGGGAGAAAGGGAGAGCAAGGAUUGCCGGGAUUGGAUGGUUUCCCCGGGCUGAUGGGAGAAAAGGGGGAGAGAGGGGACCGAGGAGAUAAGGGUGACAGGGGGAUGCUGGGAAAGAAGGGACUGAAGGGACAGAAGGGCGAGGAGGGCCCCCCUGGACUGGACCAGCCCUGUCCUGUGGGUCGGGAUGGAUUGCCCAUACCAGGGUGUUCGCAAAAGUGAUGAGUUACCUGGUACAUGGGAUCUGUACAUAUCGAUAUAUAUUUUUCAACUAAAAUUCAAGUGUAGUUUUUUUUGUCGUUGUCAAUUCCUAUUUAAUAUGUUGAGGUUUUCAUAUUGGAAUGUGGAUUGUGCGUCUAUCACAAUCAAUAUUUUUUACUUUUUGCAUAUGAAAAGAAAACAUGUUUUUUUUUAAGGUUUAGAGGUUAGGUAGAGGAAAGAUCUAGUGCACACAAAGAAGGAGACUGGUUACAAAUGGAAAGGAGCAGCAAAUGCACUCAGCUCCAGAUGGAAAAAUGUUGCUGCUUACAGUGUAUCUAAUCGGGGAACCUGAAAUACAGUAUUAACCUGAAAUACAGUAUGAUUGACUGUCUAACAGACUCACUAGUGUUCCCACAUGGAGAUCCAGCAUUGGAGUGUGCAACUCAGCCUCCACCUUGCAAAUGUUUCUACCCCAUCACUCCUGUGAUUGUUGUUUGCUUUGAAAGGACCAACCGUCACGGCAUGGACCCAAUGCCCUCACCAUGGAAUCUUUGUUUGCAAUAAUGUUCCUAAAUGUGCUUAAUGUUUAGAUCAUUUUCGGUCUAAAACGUUUUAGGAUGUUUAUGAUGGUUUCAAAGUUUUUACCUAUUGUUGCAUCAAAUGCUUUUUUUCAUUCCUCUGAGUGCUCUAACCAUGCUAUGUGGAAUUAAUUGACACAGAACACUGUACAACUUUUUGAAUUAGGCCUAACAUGGAAAAUGUAUGAUAACAAUCCUAAAAAUGUUUUGAAGACUUUUUACAUCUGACAUCAAGGUAAACAAAAACAUCUACCUAUCAAACCUACCUGUUUGGCUGAUUGGGUUAAAUGUUUGUUCUAGGAACAUGCCGUUUUUAAUUAAGUUGUCUGUCAUAUUAAAUACUAUUUCAAAUGCAAAA